AUGGACGCCGGCGCGCCCACCCCCGGGGGCGGGCCUCAGAGCACCGCGGACCUCACCACCUUCGUCCAAAACCUCCUCACGCAGAUGCAGUCCAGGUUCCAGCAGAUGUCGGACAGCAUCAUCACGCGGAUCGACGAGAUGGGCGACCGCGUCGACGACCUGGAGAGGUCCGUGGGCGAGCUCAUCGCGCAGGCGGAUGACGAGGGAGCGACGAACGCCGCGACAAACGCGGAGGGAGGCGACGCCGUCGCGGCGAAGCGGUGA